AUGGAUAUAUUUCAAUUCAGUUUAAAUACAAAUCAAACUAAUAACUCAAAUUAUACUUCAGAUACAAAUUCCAGUUUUAAUUUAAGUAAUAUAAGUUAUACUCAUAAUAAUGAUAUAAUAUCCGAUAAUCAAUAUAAUUUCAUACAAUCAUUAUGUAAAAGAUUAGAAUCAAUUCUACCUAAUCAUUCAGGUCAUACAUUACAAGAAAUUGAAAUUGAUCCACAAUUUAUAAUUACAAGAAAUAUUUUAUUAAAUUUCAAAUCAAAAAAUGUGCAUUUUAUGUCAUCAAUUUUAACUUCCUUCGCAUCAAUACUUAAAAUUAUAAAUAAUGAAUCUAAAAAUAUUAAAUUAAGAUCAAGAGAUGAAAAACUGAGAACUUCAACUUUAUUAUUAUUAAAUAUAUUAGCUGAUAUAAUUGAAGUUGAUUGGAAUAGAAGUUUAAUUACUUUUACAAAAGAUAAAGAAGUAAUUAGUAAUUAUUCAAAAUUUUAUCAUUAUGAAGUUCCUAGAAAAUUGAAUAUCGACAUGAUAUCUGGUUUAAUUGAUUUAUUUUUGAAUAUGUUAAGUUCUGGUAUAGUAAAGAAAAUUUUGGCAUUGGUUAAGAAUGAACAAUCAUUUAUUAAAAUAGCUACCGCCACCACUAAACAAGACGAAGAGCAACUUCAAAGUCAAGACGAUGAUUUGGUGCAAUCUCAAAUUGAUGACAUUGAUACCUAUCUAGGAAUUAUACUAAGUUACAUUGCAACUGCAAAUCCAGUUGAAUAUUUGAAUUACGUGGAAACCAAAUUGUACAGAUUUUCAAAAAUUAAUGAAAAUAUACCAUUACCAACAUUACAAAAAUAUUGUCCAUUAAUUAAAUUCCUAUUUUAUUCAAAAGAAAACGUUUUAAAAGCUGGUGAAAAUGGUUUCCAUUGUUUAUCUUUCAUAAAAUCAACAACUUGGAAACAAGUAUUUUUAUUCAUGAUAGCUGAUGCAGUUAAAGAUCAAAGUUUUUCAAGACCUUCUGAUUAUUAUGAAUUGGUUGAUAUUGAUAAUCAUCAACAAUUACAAGUAGCCAGAAAUUUUUUCGAUGCAACAUUUGCUUUAUUCGAUGAAAAUUUGACUUCAAUAUCUUGUGCCUCAUUUGUAUUAACCUGGUAUGUUGUUUUAUGUAUCGAUGAUUUUGGCGAAAUGAUUAGUAAUAAACCAUUAAAUAAAUUGAAAACAACAUUUAAUAAAAGAUUAAAAUAUUUAACAAUGAUUUUAAAAGAUUCUUCAAAUGCUUCUAAUUUAGAAAGUUUUGAUGCUUUGAUCAAUAUAUUUCAUUUAGGUGCAAGAUUACAAACUUAUAAUUAUGAUAAACAUCCAGUUUAUUUAUUCAGUUUACGAUAUUUAGAUGAAACUCAUUCUAAUUUAUUAAAAUUUGGUGAAUUUAAUAAAGAUAAAUUUGAAAAUGAUGAUCAAUUGAAAAUGCAAUAUGAAUUUUUAAUUGUAAAUUAUUACAUUGUUGCAAUUUUAUUACGUCCUGAUAAAUAUAUUAAAGUUGUAAUUCAUAAUUAUAAACUUCAUUCACAUGAAAUUAAAGCUACCAAAACUAUGGUCAAAAUUAUACAAAGAUUAUCAGAGAUUGAAACUGCAAAAUCUUGUUAUCAAAUUGUUAUGAAAGAAUUGACUCCAACCUUAAAAUCAAUUAUAUUUGGGUGUUUGAAAAUUUUAAAUAAUUAUGAAAAUCAAGAAAUUCAGUCUAUUUCAGUUUCAUCACAGGCUUCAGCGUAUUCUGAUUCAGUACUUGUUGAUCCAAAUGAAAUGAAAGCUAACCGGUGUACUCAAAUGGCAUUUGAUAAAAUCAAAACAGAUUUAGAUCAUUAUAGUGAUGAUCUGGAUAUACCUUCCACUCACUUAAUUCAAGAAACUGAACAAAUAUUGGCAGAUAUUUUUACUCUUUUUUUACCUGCACCGGAAUUAUAUUUUAAUGACGUACGAUUAAUGAAUGAUGAAAAUUUAGAUAAAAUACCUUAUGCACAAUUAUUAGGAAGUAUAAUAGAUUUUGUUCAUGAAUGUGUUAUUCCAUUAAGAUUAGCAUUCAAAUUCAAAUAUUCAGUUGUGAAUAAUAAUUUAUUUGAUUCAGCAAAAGAAUUAUCGAUUCGAAUAGUUCAAACAGAUACUAAAAUAGCAUCCGAUUAUACAACUUUAUCAGCAUUUGCUAAUUUCAAUAUUUGUAAUUGUAUUAUACAAUCUAUCUGUGAAACAUGUUUAGCUUUAUCGUUAUCGGAUUCAAAAUUCAAAUUCAGUUUCUUAUUUUUAAAUAAAUUUUUACAAAUGAGAAAUGAAUAUAGUGAUAUUUUAUUGAAUAAUAAAAUAUUAAUGGAUCCAAAAUCAAGAGAUUUAUUUGAAACUUGUGGUGAUGUGAUACAUGGAGUUGAAAAAGUGUUAUUACUUUCAUUAUGUACUCAUGAUGCUCAAUUUUAUAAUUAUGCUAAACAAGGUAUUGUCUGGUAUUUAAAUGAAGUACACAUCAAUAGUUCAUUAUAUACUGCUGAAGAUAUACAAGAUAAUCUUAUAGAUACCUUCGAAGAGUUACAUAAAGAAGAUAGAUUAUUUACUGGAUUUGUUUCAUUACAUAAGAAACAUAGAGAUAUUUUAAGAGAAGCUAAACCAACAUUAUCUUUAUAUCAAGUUUGGUUUAUGAUUUAUAAUAGAUGGAAGAAAAUGUUGGAAAAUAGUUAUAAAAUUGAAUCCGAAAAUAAUUUAAUCUUUAGACAUUUUACUGGUUUUUUGGUAUCUACAUCUGGUUGUUUUAUAUCUGGUAAAAAUCAGUUCUUUGCUGAUAGUGAAAUACAAAGUAAAUGUUGUCAAAAUAUAUCCGACUUUUUUGAUAGAUGUAUUGGAUUAUUAAUAUCACCAAAUUUAGUUGUUAGAGUAAUUAUUAAAGAUAUUUUAUCAAAUGAAUCACAUUCAGAUGUUUAUCAUUUAAUUGCUACAAAAUUAAUGAAUACAGCUAAUUCAUAUACUGAGAAUAAAAAUAUUAAUAACGAUGAAGUUAUUGUUUUCCUUGAACAUGCUUUAGUUAUUAUGACAGCAAUGAUUAAUGUUAAGAAUGAAGGUGCUUUAUUAUUAUCUAGUUUAUUACCAGUAAUAUGUCAAUUUUUUAUUAAAUUUAUAAAUGAAAUCAAAAAUGAUACUGAUAAUUACAAAUUGAAAUUAAAAUUCUCAAAAUUGAUAAUUGUAUUGGAAAGUGAUCGUAAAUCAACUGGUUUAUCAGGUGCUUAUAAAUUGAGAAAUUUUUAUGCAAAAUCAAUCUGUGAAUGGUUAGAACAAGCUAUAUUGUCAGAUGAAAUUGAUUUUUAUAAAGAAUCUGAAAUUUCUUAUUUAGCUAUUGAUUUUGCUGUUCAUUGUUCAAAAGCAAUUAAAUUACAAUUAGAAUGUUUAUUAUUGGAAAUUCCUGAAGGUAUUAAAGAUAAAGAAAUUAAAAAAUAUAAAGAUUUAGCAUUUAGUAAUUAUUUUUCAUUAUUUUAUAAAAUUAUUCAAAAAUAUACUAAAACAUCAUCAAAAUCAAAAUUUAAACAUAAACUACAAUUAAUCACAGAUAAUGUAUUGAGUUCAAUUACAAAUUUAUUACAAUAUGAUUCAGAAAUUGGAAUACAAUUUGUUUUACCAAUGGGAUAUCAUGAAAAUAAAAAAAUUAGAGCAAUUUUCUUGAAUGUAUUUGCUGAUAUGUUACAAUCACAAUCAAUGAAAACUAAUCAAGAAGAAUAUCCAAAUGAAUUAAUUUUUCAAUUGACUGAUAAUACUGAUAUUUUUGGUUCAAUAGCUGAAACUGCAUCUUCAUUAGAACAUAAUUUAUUAGCCUCAUCUUUAUUUGGCAUUUUCACAUAUACAAAUAACUUGCGUAAAUUAUUUCAAAUAUUGUUAAAUGAUGAAAUUACGAAAUUAAAUAGAGCAACUGAUUUAUUUAGAAGAAAUUCAACAUUGACGAGAUUAUUGUUUAAUUUUACCCAAGAAUAUGGAUUAAAUUAUUUAAAUCAAGUACUUCUGCCAAUAAUUGAAGAAAUUAUAACAAAAGAAGUUCAAUUUGAAGUUGAAAAGAAAGAUGAUCCGGAAUCAGCCAAAAUAUUUUUAUCGUAUUUUACUAGAAUGGUUGACCUGAUUGUUGACUCCUUUGAUUCAUUACCGAAUCCAUUCAAAAUUGUUUGUGGAAAUAUUUAUCAAUGUGUCAAUGAAAAAUUUGGUGAUUCAGCUUUAGUUGCCGUUGGUUCAUUUUUAUUUUUAAGAUUUUUCUGUCCUGCCAUCAUCAAUCCAGAACAAUAUUUUAAAUUAGAUGUUCAAAAUGUUAAGGUAAAACGUUCAUUAAUGCAAUUAGUCAAAGUAUUACAAAAUAUGGCAAAUGGUGCUUUUUCAUCAAUUGCUAAAUGGCCUUCAUUGGCUAAUAAAAACGAACAAUUGGAUGCAUUGAAUAAGAAAAUUUAUGUAUUUUUAAACCAAGUUUCAACAUUAGAUUUGAAAGAUUAUCCAUUUACUGAAAAGAGAGAAAAAGUUCCAAAACCAUUAGCUGAAAUUAAAUAUCUUCAUAAAUUUAUUUAUCAAUAUUUUACUUCGAUUAGAUCAAAUUUUAUACUUGGUAAAUCAGCAUUUGGUAUAAACACAUUGCAAAAAAGAGUUGAAUGUUUUAAAAAAUUUGAUGAAGUAGUAAUGAAAUUGGGACAACCAAAACCAAGUGUAAAAUUACAAUUGAGUACAUCUAUGAAAUUAUUAGAUAAUAAUAAUAACAACGAUGAAGAAGAAAAUAAAUAUAACGAUUUCAUGACCAAGAUGUCUUUAAGAUAUACGGAUGUUCAAGAAGAAGCAAGUGAUGUAAUUCAUAGUUCAAUCUUUAAAGAUGGUACUCCUGCAGUUGUAGUCAAUUUAAAAAGAAUGAGAGAUAGACAUGAAGAUAUUGAUUAUCUUGUAUUUAAAUUAUUUGAAACAGCUUCUCAAGUUUGGGAUAAUAAAUUUUAUUUAGUUUAUGAUUUUUCAGAGUUUUACUUCUUCACUAAUAGUUCACCAAUAAAAUAUGCACAAUACUUUUCAACUUAUUCAUUAAAGAAUAUUUUUGAAAAUUGUCAAAGAGUUUAUUAUUUUAAUAUUCCAAGAACUGAAUAUAGGGGAAUUAUAAAUGCCAUGAUUAGUUUAAGAUCAAAAGGUGCUCAAUAUGGUACAAAAAUUUAUACUUAUUCAUCGAUGGAUCCUGAUAAUAUUGUGGGUAGUUUAUGCUUAGAUCCUGAAACUGUUAGUAUAAGUCGUGAUGCAAAAGUUACGUUUAAUAAUGUUAUUUUAUAUGAACCUUCUGCUGAUAGAUUUAUACCAGUUAAAUUAAAAAUUGGUAGAAAGUUUUUAACAAUUUGUUUUCAAGAAAAAUUAAAAUUGGAAAGUUCUUUGAAUAUGAGUGAAGGGUUUACUCCUGUUGAAGUUUAUAGAUUAUCAGAUUUUGUUAAAUGUGAAAUUUCAAAUACAACUGGUUAUGAUGAUGAAUUUACAAUUUAUCUUAAUCAUUCAAGUCAUGUAACUUUAAGAUCUCAUGAUAGAUUAGAAAUUUUAAGAUUUUUAUAUUUUACAACUUCAAGAUUACCAAGAGAAUUUACAUUGACUGAUCAUAAAAAAGAUUAUCAAAGUGAAAGUCAUGUAAUGCAUUGGUUUGGUAGAUUAUAUAAUAUUGUAUUUCAAGGUUUAUUAAAUGAUGAUGAAGAAUUGAAAUCUUCAGCUGCUUUAUUAUUUGGUUCUUUAUCUUCAUAUUUCAAUAUUGAUUUUGGUAUUACUGAAAGUCAUGCAAAAUAUUUACCAUUUCCUACUGAUGCUACAAAUUUUGUCGUCAAUGUUUCAAAUCAUUUAUCAUCAAAUUUCCCACAAAUGACAUUUAGAUUUUUUAAAGCAUUUUUUGAUAAUUAUGAAAAAAUGGAUAUUGGAACAAGAUCAAUUUCAAUUUUAUAUAUAUCACCAUGGAUUGGAAACGUUUAUGAUUUUGUUUAUUUACAAUAUAAUGGAAAUGGACCAAAUAGAGUUGCUGAUUUAGUAAGACAAUUUUGUAGAUUAUCAGUUGCAAAUAAGGAACAUGUUGCUUUUAUAAAUGAUUAUAUUUGGAAAAAAUUAUUUCAAGAAGCAAGAAUGGUUUCUACAUUAGUUGAUGAAGUUGUUGCAUUUGCAAUUGAUUCUAAAAAUGAAGGACCAGAUUGGUCAUUUAUAAUUUCGGUAAUUAAUCCAUCAAUUGAAGUUUGUGGUGAAGUUAUAUUAAGAUUAGUUCAAACUAUAAAUGUUACAGUUACUACAGAUUCUGCAAUUGCUUCACAAUCUAAAUUAUUUGAAAUUGAAGUUUUGAUUAAAAUUUGUUCAACAUUAUUUUUCAAUUCAUUUACAUUAUCAAGAUUAUAUUUAGCGGACAUUAUUUUUUUCGUUACAUUAUUUAUUGAUAAUGAUUAUUUAGAUGUUGGUCAUGAUUUACAAAAAUUGAUUAUAAGUUCAGUUCAAUCAUUUUUACAUAAACCAUCUUUGACUAAUUCUGAACAAAAUUCAAUCAAUGAAACAAUUGAAUAUUUUACAACUCCAAGAGCUAAAAUGUUAUUUGGAAUGACUAGGGAUUUAAAAUCAAGUCAAGAUGUAAGUCAAUCAUUCAAUCGUAUUAGUAAUUUUGAAAUUUUAUGUGAUUAUUUAAAUGAAGUUAUUGAUAUUGUAUCUACAUCUGAUGAUAAGACAAAUUGGAGAUCAAGAUGGGCAUCAAAUUCAAUUGAUGUUGCAUUUAAUAAUUUUUCAUUAUUUCAAGAUCGUGCAGUUUUAAUAGUUGGUAUAUUAUCAAAAUCAGGUAUUAAUGAUUCGACAGCUUGUCGUAGCUUGAAACUAAUUUCAAAAGGUGAAUUGCAUAAUAUAGGAAUAGUCAUUUGUUGUUCUAUUGCAAUUGCAAGAAUUUUAGAUGGUUUACCAACAGACUCUGUAUUACCGCCAAUUUUAAUUUGGCCACAAUUUUGUUUUGCUUUAAUGAAUUAUUCAGUUUUAUAUCAACCUGCAAUUCAAAAUUUAAUUACGUCAGUUGUUAAAAUUAUGGAUGUACCAAAAUAUUUUGAUUUUGCAUUUGAACAAAGACAAUUAUUAGAACCUUAUUUAUCUGAAUUUGAAAAAAGACAUGAUAUUUAUAUAACACAAGAGAAUUUUGGUGUUUAUAUCUUUUUUAUCUUAACUCAAGGUUUAAAAACUUCACAUGUUAGACAUUUGGCAUUAUGUUGUGUGAAGACAUACUUAAAGAAACGAUUUUCAAUUAAACAUAUAAGACCAAUUGAUGGAACACAAAUUAAUACAAAUGCAUUGGCAUAUCUUGUAUUUAUUUAUUUAUGUUCAGAUACAAAAGAUUUUGAAAAUUUUAUGCAACAAGGACUAAAUCUACCUGUUGAAUAUAUUGAAUAUAGUAAUCAAAAAUUACCAAAAUUAAUUUGUGAAUUUUUAUUACAACAAAAUGAAGCUGCAAAAGUAACAUUAUUACAUCUUGGAUGUUUUUAUAGUGAUAUUAAAGGUGCUGAUAUUGGAUUCAAGGCAAGAUUUAUCAAGAUUUAUCAGUAUAUUUUUGCAAAUAAUAAAACAAAUGCAUUAUAUAUUUAUCAUUUGAUUAAAAAUACAUUAUAUGACGAAUUGGUAAAUACCGUAUCAUUAGAAGUUGUUGAAGAUAUUUCAGAUAUAAUAACUUCAGUAUCAUUAUGUAAUGAUUAUAAACCAGAAAUUUAUCACAAUGAUAUCGAACAAUUGUUAAUUGAUAAGAAAAUUACAAUUGUAAUGAAAUUAAGAACAAUGCAACCACCAGAACAAACAAUUGAUGAAGAUGGGAAAUUUAAACCCCAUUUUGCAGUUGAUAUUAAAAGUAUUCAAGUUAUGCUUUAUAGAGCAGCAUGUAAUUAUGUUGAUGGGUGUAAAUUAGAAAACUAA